UCUGAGUAAUCUCCCAGCGCACUAACCUUCUUCCCUAAAGAGAGAAGUUUUGCUGAUGCUACUUGCCGACCAUCAGUGACUAGCUAAUUGCCCGGCUAGCUACUGUACAGAGGUCACCCAGAGUUUGAUCACAAUGGGGUUGAAAGACCGCCCUCAGUGUUAUUUUGAUGUGGAGCUCAACCGGGAGCCAGUUGGCCGCAUAGUCUUUCAACUUUUUUCGGAUAUUUGUCCCAAGACAAGCAAAAACUUUCUCUGUUUGUGUACUGGUGAAAAGGGAACCGGCAAGAUCACAGGGAAAAAGCUGUGCUACAAAGGCUCCACAUUUCACAGAGUUGUUAAGAACUUCAUGAUCCAGGGAGGCGACUUCACCGAAGGAAAUGGAAGAGGAGGAGAGUCCAUAUAUGGUGGCUACUUUGAAGAUGAGAACUUCACUCUCAAACACGACAGAGCCUUCCUGUUGUCGAUGGCCAAUCGUGGGAAGGACACAAACGGUUCACAGUUUUUCAUCACAACCAAGAUGGCGCCACAUCUUGAUGGAGUCCAUGUCGUCUUUGGUCUUGUCAUCUCCGGCUUCGAGGUGAUAAAGAAGAUCGAGGGGCUGAAGACUGAUUCAGCCAGCAGACCCUACGCUGAUGUAAGAGUGGUUGACUGUGGUCAGCUGAUCACCAAGUCUGCAAAUGAUGUACUUGAAGGCAAGAGGAAAAGAACCUCCAAUUCUGCCAACUCAUCCCUCAACUCCCGUGACUCGUCCUCUCAGUUCUCUUCUUCAGUGGAAUCUGAAACUGAAUCUAAUGAAAAGCACAAACAUCACAAGCACAAGAGACAUACAAAGAGUAAACGGUCAAAAAAGAAAAGGCGGGAAUCAAGGAAGGAGAAGAACACUGAUGAUCUGUCCUUCAAGCAGAGUUCUGUAGAAAGACAGAUGCUGGAGGGAGAAAAUGAAAUGGAAGGGGAGAGGGAGCAUGGUGGGAAGAGAGAGAAGCCUGUUGUCCGACCAGAGGAAAUCCCACCGGUGCCAGAGAACCGCUUCCUGCUACGACGGGACAUGCCAUCCCAGGAGGAUAAAGUAGAGAUAGUUGAGAAAGAAGAAUCGUCUCUUUCAACUUCCCAGAAACCAGCAGUGACUAAGUCUGGACGGAAGAUCAAGGGCCGAGGAACAAUGAGAUAUCACACUCCCACAAGAUCUAAAUCCCGUUCGGCAUCUGUGGAAGAACAUGGUAGCAGUGAAACUCCACCACACUGGAAAGAAGAGAUGAAGAGAACCAAAAUUUAUCAACCGCCAAGCAUCGAGAGAUGGAGCAAAGGAGACAAAUUGAAUGACCAUUCCUCAAGCAGAUGGGAUGAUAGAAGUGACUCCGCAUGGUCCCGAUCGGCAUCUGCAGAACACUCUUCAGACCGCAGCUCCGAGAAGUCCAGCCUACGCCGCCAGCAGAAGAAAGAGAAGAAGAAACCGAAACACAAGAAGAAAAAACGGAAACACGGCAAGAAGAAGCGCUCCAAGAACAAACCUCUAGCGAUUUACCUGUCAGAGGGUGAAAGGUCUCUGUCAUCAGGAAGAAAGUCAAGAAGAUCCCAUUCUCCGUCUCAUUCCUCUUCAAGUCAGCGCCAUUCUUCAGCUCGGAGGAGGUGGCGAUCCUCGCUGUCUUUCAGAGACUCACGAUCCUACUCUAGAUCUUACACAUCCAGUCGAUCCAGAUCUCGGGGGAGGUCUUAUUCAAGAUCGAGAAGCCUGACUAGAUGUAAAAGUCGGUCCCUGUCCAGAUCUUCAUCUUACUCCAGAUCCAGAUCAAGAUCAAGAUCAAGAUCGAGGUACAGAUCCAGGUCUGUGUCUCCAUCCAGAAAGAGGAGUUCAUCUAGAUCCCCAAGAAGGAGGAAAGCCUGCAAGACCAAAUCAGACACAAUGAUCCAUGUGACUGACAAGCUUGCUGAGAGCAAGGUCACAUCUGUCCCCAGACUCCCUACUGUCCCGGCUCCUGAAAGUGUCCCUGUGAUCCCACUGAGUGACAGUCCUCCUCCCUCACGUUGGAAGCCGGGACAAAAACCCUGGAAGCCCUCCUACAUCCAUAUUCAGGAAAUCAAAGCUAAAGUAGCUCCCAGUUCCCUCUCCUCCACAGGACAAGCAGUUGAUAGUGUAGCACACAAAGCCCAGACUUCAAAUACGCCAAAAUCUCUGCCAGGUGAAUCUGAAAGCAAUAAAGCAAACAAACCUGCAGAGCACUCACGCAGCAGGUCCUCCAGGAGCAUAUCAUUCAGUCGAUCAAACAGUCGCUCACGGAGUAUUAGUUACAGUAGGUCCAGGUCCAGAUCCCCUCAUCAGUAUCACAGCAGGUCGUCGUCCUACAGCAGACCAGAUUCUGAACACUCCCAGAAAACAAACAGCAACAAGAAGAAUUCACUAGCCAAGGAAUGGAAAGAGUAUUAUAUCUCUCUGAAGAGGAUAAAGAAUUUAGAUAAGUACAUUUCACUCACCAGUAGUCAGGAUGCUCAUACAGGAUCAGACAAUAGGACAGGCAGUGAGCAUAGUCCUGAUAUCAGUGUCUCAAAGAGAAGUGUCUCUUUGGAGAAAAUAAAAGAGAGAGGCAGCUCACAGGAUAAAGAGCCAAAACAGUACAGCUCAUUGCCAGUGGACAGCUUAAAUAGCAGGUCUGAAUGGGAUAGCGACAGUGACAAAGUGAGCCAAGGCAACAGCAAUGUCCCAUCAAAAAAACAGAAACAGACAGAUCCGUCCAGUGAGUUUCUUGACAAGAAGUUGUCGGCUCUUACGGGAUGGAAUUCAGAAAGUGAUUCUGAAAAUAUGACAGCCAGGACAUUAGCCGUAUCUGAAAAAGAGGAAGGGGAGGCUAGUUCAGAAUCAGACUGUGAUACUUCCAGAAAGAUGUCAGAGGCGAUGAUUGCUUUAGCACACAAGAUCUCUGUAGCUGCUGCAUCUCGUUCAUCAGAGGAAAGUCCUGAGAAGGCCAACGAGCCAGAGAAGCACAAGAGCAAGAAGAAAGCCAAACGCAAACAUAAACAUAAGAGGAGAAGUGAGAACAAAACUGGCUCCCAUCAUAGUAAGGAGAAAGGAAAGAGGUCUAAGAGGAAACAUCAAAAGCUGAAAGAAACUUUUCACUGGCAACCACCUUUAGAGUUUGGGGAGGAGGAAGAUGAAGAUGAAUCCAAAAAGGAGAAACACAGUCCUAGAAGAGUUGGCAAAGAAAGGCGCAGUGUAGACAGUAUGAAUGAUAGGGACCAAAAUGUUGCCUCUUUAAAGAAAAACCCUAGUAGAGAAGAAGACAGGGGGCAACAGAGGGCAAAAGAAUGCAUUAAUAAAAACCCAAAACAAGCUGAACCUCCUCAGUCAUUCAACAGGAAUGUCUCUAAAAAUGCUAAUAAUGCUAAUUUAACCAGUAUCAAAGAGCAAGGGUCAUUAGAUGAUAUGGACAUUUGUACACCGGAGCAUGACGUUGAAAUUUUAGAACUUCCAGUCACACAUGAUUCUUUUAAUAACACGCCUGAAUUAACCCUAAAGUCUACCUCAAAGUCUUCGCAAAUGGCAAGUAAAAAUAGUGCUUUACCUCACAGCAAAGAAGAGUCUGCUGUUACCUCCACGACAACAGCUGGUGGACACCAAGAUGACACAGUCACUGGCAAACCUACAGGCACUGUAAUUAAUUUUAAAUGGAGGCCUUUGAAAGGAACGUCAGCUGUACAAAAUGUGAAUAUGCCACCUGCUGCUGCAAAAAACAUGCAAAUUCAAGAGAACCGGAACCCCAACACACAAGGAGUAAGAAUGGAGAUAAAAAGUAAAAGCCGGGUCAGACCAGGAUCUCUGUUUGAUGAGGUUCGUAAGACCGCACGGCUCAACCAAAGGCCGAGGAACCAGGAGAGCUCCAGUGAGGAAAGAUCCCCUUCGGUGGGAAAGACCAGGGGAAUGUCUCGCAAACGGUCCCCGAAGAAGUCCAGGUCUGCGUCCAGGAAGUCUCGCUCCGUUUCCAGUCACCGGUCUCACUCAAGAGGGUGGUCCCACUCCUACAGCAGGUCCAGGAGUAGAUCCUGCAGCUCCAGCUACUCAUCCAGGAGUCGUAGCAGGAGUCGCAGGAGACAUGGACGAGGACGGUCACGCUCCCACAGCAGCAUAUACCGAAGUUACAGGAGUCACAGUCAGUCGUACAGUAGAAGUCAUUCCAGAAGUCGCUCAUACAAUCGCCAUCGAAGAUCCAGGUCAGAAUCCUAUGACAGCUAUUCCAGCCGGAGUCGGAGUGUGAGCAAGAGACGAGGGCACAGACGAAGUGACAGCUACCGGAGCUCAGACCGCCGAUCCCGGUCAUACCGCUCCUCCAGUCGCAGUUCUUACAGGCGCAGAAGCCACAGUCGCAGCAGUCGGUACAGCUGAGCCUCAGGCAGUUUGUUUUAUUCACUUCUGUUGAGGGGGAACAGAACCACAAGGUCUGGACGAUGUGAGAAUGAAAAAGCAAUGGCAGACCAGCAACUAAAGCUCCAAGAGGAAGAAUUACUAGAUUAAUAAUGUGUUGUACAUCCUCCCUACGUAAGCUGAUAUGCUGGUCUUUGAGGAGGUGAACGUAAUUGAAUGUAAAUAAAUAAACCACUUCACAAGCUCACACAAAGGCAGAUACUUGUCUUUAGGGACUGUCACAGUUGAGAACAACUGGGUUAAAAAUUGUCAAAAUGGCCACUCAAACUGAAAAUUUAAUCAUGAAAUAUAUGGUAUGGCUUGUUACAAAUAAUGUGGGAAUUAAGGUGUAAAUAUUUUAUAUUAUUGUAUAUUUGUGUAUUCCUUUUCUACUUCUGAUUUUUAUAAACUGAAGUGUACAAAUAAAUUCUAAGUCUGUAAUCCUCUCAGCUCAGAUGUGCCCGAGGGGUUGGUGGUUAUGGGUUGAGGUUAUGCCUUAGCUUCAGGGUCAGCAGGACAGGAUUGUUUUUUCUCUGAAAACUAACUUACUUACUAAUUUUUUUUUUUUUUUUUUUUUUAACAGUAUCAUGUAUGUAAAAACUUUACUCAAAGUAGAGUAUAUCUGAUUUUGGUUUUAUUUGAACAGUUAUGAACGUUUACACUAAUUAAAUUCC